CGUCACACUGGGUCACAUGGCCUGCCGGGAGGCUCCGUCUGGAAACUCUUAUGGAUUAAUAAACCCGGGCUAUUUUCACUCCUCUGUUUCUAAUAGACAUUUAUUUUAUACGUGCGUCCUGACCGUGAAGAGAGGAAGGUCUUCACUGCUCAUCGGCGUAUAUAUAAAGUAGCAUUAUGGAGAACUGCGGCUUGUUUGCGGACUGUAUCCACCAGGAGGUUGCCGGAUUCCUUCUCUGUUCUUAGAGAAGCUAGCGGUUCAGACCAGUAUAAAACUCCAUAAUUUCUCCUGUUUGUAAGGAGCAAGUUGUUCGUGUCUCUUCUUUUGGUGAAUAAACUGAAAAAGAACAUUAAGCUGCUCAUUCUUCUGCUGCUCGACUUUCCUGCUGUGGAACAUCUGUAAUUACAUGUAUCGUAGCACUAUAUGAACGAAAAUGAAGUCGUCUUUGGCUCCGGGUGUACGAUUUAUCACGUCCUUUUCUCGAGACAGCUGGUACAGAGGCUUUAUUCUUUUACUUACCUUCCUCUUUUACACUGCCUAUCAUCUGUCGCGCAAACCCAUCAGUAUAGUAAAGAGUGAACUGCACAGAAACUGUUCCACAGUCAUCAGACCAGUCGAACUCAAUGUUACCAAUAAUGCUACUUGGUGUGACUGGGCACCAUUUGACCAGGACAACUACCAGGCUCUAUUUGGGGUUCUGGAUAACUGCUUCCUGGUUGCCUACGCCAUCGGCAUGUUUUUCAGUGGGAUAUUCGGAGAGCGUCUGCCUCUGCGGUACUACCUGAGUGCAGGGAUGUUACUGAGUGGAUUAUUCACAGCUCUCUUUGGCCUUGGUUUCUACUGGAACAUCCACUCGUUAGGGUACUAUGGUUUCAUCCAGGUGAUGAACGGGCUCAUGCAGACCACUGGUUGGCCAGCAGUGGUUGCUUGUGUUGGUAACUGGUUUGGAAAGGGGAGGCGUGGCUUCAUCAUGGGGGUGUGGAACUCCCACACCUCAGUUGGAAACAUCCUGGGUUCUCUCAUAGCUGGAGCCUUUGUUUCCUCAGCGUGGGGAAUGUCUUUCAUUGUUCCUGGCCUCAUCAUCGCUUCAACAGGGAUUCUUUGUUUCUUUUUUCUUAUUGAGAAACCUGAGGAUGUCAACUGUUGUUCUCCACAGCACAACAGUGAUCAGGAGAGUGCUGCAAAUGACACUCAUAUGCAAAGUAAUGGAGACAUUGAGCCUGCUCAGACCACCGAGGACCAUUCUGAGGCCAUCAGCUUCUGUGGAGCUCUCAGAAUACCUGGGGUGGUGGAGUUCUCUCUCUGUUUGCUGUUUGCCAAGCUGGUCAGCUAUACGUUCCUGUACUGGCUUCCCCUCUACAUCUCCAAUGUUGCACAUUUUGAAGCGAAGGAGGCCGGAGACAUGUCAACACUGUUUGAUGUAGGAGGAAUUGUUGGGGGUAUCAUGGCAGGGGUAGUGUCGGACUACACUGGUGGGAGGGCAACAACCUGCUGGGUCAUGUUGAUCGCCGCUGCCCCUAUGCUCUUCCUCUAUAACUCUAUUGGACAAAGAAGCCUCGGUACUACCAUUGGUAUGUUGCUGUUGUGUGGUGGUCUGGUUAAUGGACCAUAUGCCCUCAUCACUACUGCUGUAUCUGCUGAUCUGGGAACACAUGAAACUCUGAGAGGGAACUCCAGGGCUCUAUCAACAGUGGCAGCAAUUAUUGAUGGAACAGGCUCCAUAGGAGCAGCACUUGGCCCGCUAUUAGCCGGUCUCAUCUCCCCCACUGGCUGGAACAAUGUCUUUUACAUGCUUAUCUCUGCUGACAUGUUGGCUUGUCUGUUUUUGUCCAGGCUUGUUUAUAAGGAAGCUCACAGUUGUUAUCGAUAUAUGCAACGACGCAGAGGGUUCACAGAAAUCUAAAAUGUGGCCCAACAGGAAAAGCAUCCAUGGAAAAGUCAAAGGUCCUUUAAGAACACUGCCCUGAGGAGCCAGAUUCAGUUCAUCUGUGGAGAGUUCACAAAAGUAAACUGAUGAUGGAAGCCUUUUACUUAUUGUAAAUCAGAGAAAUUUGUCUUUGUAGAGGCAAAGCUUUUUUAUCGUUAAAUCUACUCUUUGUUUUAAUAUUGUUUCACCAUUAAAGUACAUAUGAUAAACAUA